CUGCUGAAUCCCACCUCUGCCCUUGACCCUGGUUGUCCCCCCACCAAGCCCUCUUGGUUUAAUGAUGACUUAUAUUCUCCGAUGAACCAGGUUCACAGCCGAGAGUCAUCAAUCACAUUCUCCAAUUAGAGAUUUGCAGAGGCAGAAAUCCCGCUCGCUUAGUUAUCAUCUUUGCAAGAUAUGGAUGGGAUGCACUUUGGGUUCCAAACUGCCGCGCUGACCCCCCCCCCUCAAAUUUCUUUCCUCCCCCUUCCGUUCAUGGCAACUCUAAAACAGGCAUAGAAAUGAUUGAUGAGUUGACACCUGGCUGGAAACGCGCUUCCUGUUUUUCAGGGACAAAACCCCGGGGGUCGAAAGAAGACUCUUACGCCAGACCACGAUUGGGGGCUUCCCGGGACCCCGAAGCCUACGAUGCCGAGAUCGCCUGGAAGUUACAGGAGGAGGAGCUGCUGGCCAGCCAGGUGGACAGGAGGGCGGCACAAGUGGCUCAAGAUGAGGAAAUCGCUCGCCUUCUGAUGGCGGAGGAGAAGAAAGCGUACAAAAAGGCGAAGGGACGGGAGAAGAAGAGGCUGGAUCCAGACUGGAAGGUGGGCAGCGAUUCCUUUGGGGAACGGAUCGGCUUCUUCU